AUGAGCAAUGGUGAGAGAGAAAAGAUCAUUGAGGCCUUAGUAUGUGUCCAUCUACCCUUAUAUAUUCAUAUCUAUCUAUCUAUCUAUCUAUCUAUCUAUCUAUCUAUCUAUCUAUCUAUCUAUCGCAUUCAAUUCACCUGUAUAUAUAUAUCUAUCCUAUUAUCUAUCUAUCUAUCUAUCUAUCUAUCUAUCUAUCUAUCUAUCUAUCUAUCUCAUUCAAUUAACCUGUAUAUAUAUAUAUAUAUUUAUCCUAUCUAUCUAUCUAUCUAUCUAUCUAUCUAUCCAUCUCAUUCAAUGCAUGUGUAUGUAUGUAUCUAUCUCAUUCAAUUCAUAUGCAUGUAUCUAUCCUAUUACAUUUCUAUCUAUCUAUCUAUCUAUCUCAUUCAAUUCAUAUCUAUCUAUCUAUCUAUCUAUCUAUCUAUCUCAUUAUAUAAAUCUAAUUCAUUGAUUUCCUUAUCUAUUUAA